UGUGUGCUACGUUCAGUGUCAGAUACUCCGUCGAACGGAGCUGAUCGCGUUCUGCGGCAGUCUGUAAACUGUCGGCGUAUGUGGAUACGUGUCAAGAAGACUCGAACCAAAGUAUUGCCAUCCGGAGCGCAGACGGCAAGUGUUACCUUGUAUCGGCCCGGAUACGUCAGCGAUACGAAAAGGGAGACGGCGAUCUGUAUGAGAGUCGAUCGGUAACGGAGCAAGCAGGGUGUGCCAGAGAUGAGCGGGCAUGCAACCCGUCCCGGUGAGGGUAGCCAAGCGGUACUCGAGCGUAUUCAGGCGUCCGUGCUGCCGAUCGCUGGAAAACACGCCACGUCGACAUCGGCCCCGCCAAUGGAGAAGCAAGAUGUUGAGAUUGCAAGCAAACAGAAAAAAUGCACCGGCAAGGAGAUUUCGAAUACCCAAAGGGUGUGGACGAGUCUGGUAUCCGGUGCGAUAGCGGGGGCUUUAGCGAAAACCACGAUAGCGCCGUUAGACCGAACGAAGAUAAAUUUUCAAAUUUCGAAGCAGCCCUACUCGGCCAGAGCAGCGAUAGGAUUCUUGACCACUGCGAUGCGCACCGAGGGCCUCCACAGCUUGUGGCGUGGAAACAGCGCUACCAUGGUCAGGAUAGUGCCAUACUCGGCGGUGCAAUUCACGGCGCACGAGCAAUACAAGAGGAUUCUGCACAUAAACGGCGCGGAAAGAGAAAAGCCAUGGGCGAGCUUCCUGGCCGGCGCGCUCGCGGGUGUGACAUCGCAGACCAUGACCUAUCCGUUGGACUUGAUGCGGGCGAGGAUGGCGGUGACCCUGAAGGCUGAGUACAAGAGUCUGCGGCAGGCGUUCGUGCGAAUGUACAAGACAGAGGGAAUGUUGGCGUACUACCGCGGCUUCAUCCCCACGAUCCUCGGUGCCAUCCCGUACGCCGGCUGCAGCUUCUUCACGUACGACUUGCUGAGAAACUUACUGAGCGUGUACACGGUGACUAUUCCGGGAUUCUCGACCUCGCUCAUUUGCGGCGGCAUCGCUGGAAUGGUCGGUCAGACAAGCAGCUACCCACUGGACAUCGUGCGGCGGAGAAUGCAGACGUCAGCGAUCAAGGGCCAGCAUUAUCACACGAUCACGUCGACCGUCGUGAAAAUUUACACGGAGGAAGGAAUAAUGGCUUUUUACAAAGGCUUAAGCAUGAAUUGGGUAAAGGGUCCUAUUGCCGUCGGAAUCAGCUUUGCCACGCACGACACAAUACGGGGCACACUGAGGAAAGUUAUUUGUGAAGAUACAUAGAAUUAAUUGCACUUUGAAAGUUUGGGAUUAUUGUGGAAUAAUGCCAACUAACCAAUAAUUGUAAUGAUUAAUUAUAAUUAUUAAUUAUUGGUAUAUACCAUUAUAAUUACAAUUAUUGCUUGACUGUUAUCCAAAUACAGUUAUAUAAUUAUUAUUAUUCAUAAUUAUACAAGUAAUAAUUAUAAUUAUUAACCAUUACGUAACUUCAUCAUUUAACAAAAAUUAUUUUAAUGGUGGAUAAUAUGUCGGCAUACAAUUUGAAAUUUUGCUUGACAUAAAAAAAAGUGAAAACUAGUGCGCAAAGCACCCAUCGACGACAAGAACGUAAAAUAAUACUGCAGUAGAUCCGUUAUUAAUAAUAUAAGGAAACUAGUUGGUUUGUUAUUUUGUGUGGGCAUUUUGCCACAACAUGGGAAGUCAUUAGUACAAAUUGUUAAAUAUUAUGUACAUAUUGUUAUUCCAAACAUUAUAGAAAUCGUUGGAAAAGAUGAAAUGUAAUAUGUGUAGAUGCAUACACCAAAUUGUAAUAUAAGCAUUGGUCCCGUAAUAUGAAAGUAUGGUUUGUAUUUCUAGCUUUCUUAACUUCGAGUAUGGUGAAAGAGAUGUGAUUUUUAUAAAAAUAUGAUUUACUUGCCUUAAUUGUCUUACAAAUUUUACGAUUAAAGCGAAUAAGUUGUUGUAUAAUUUACAUUCGAAAUAUUGUACAUAAUCGCGCACACGGCACUUUUACUUUGAAGAUCGAAAUACUCACGAGAAUAUUAGUUUUCCUAAAUCCAUGUAAAAUAUGGAAAUAUUGUACAGUUUGUAAGAUAAGUUACGCUGGAAAUUGAAACAUUUAGAUCAUAUUUUAUUUGACCAUUAUGCUUACAGCGUAAUUUAUUCAUUUUGGUGCUGCAAUGACUAAUCUACGUCUAUUUCUCUUUUUUUUUCAAUAAAGACUGCAAUCGAUAACGACAAUAAAGUUUACAACUUGCAUCGUAAAAAGAUCCAACGUAACGUUAUAUAUAAAUCUACAUUACAAUUUAUCAGUGUUAAAAAUGAAUUUGUAUAUUUGCUUUAUUUACAUUUCAGCAUUUUAUGAUCGAAUACUUUUAAAUAUCUUGUAUAUACUUUUAAAUGCUGUGCCACAUUUUAUGUUAACAGUUGAAAUGUGAAAUAUAAUAGAAAAUAAAGAAGGGAAUCAGUCACUUUGUAUUGGUCAAAGAAAUCUUUUUAUGGCCGAUGCAGAAAGUCAUUGCCUUCUCUAUAUUUUACAAUAUACUUUACGCUUAAACUUAGACUUAUUAACAAACGCCAUCUCUUUGAUAAUUUCAUAUUCGCUUUCUUAACAAUCGGUUUAAAAAGAUUUUCAGAACUAAUAUAAAUUAUGACACACAUUGCAUUGUAUAAAAAAAAUUAUUCUUUAAAACUUUGUAGCUGAUUUACGAUCAUUGUAUUGGUUAUAUAUAAUGUGAAGUCAUUUAGUAAAUAUAUAAAUUUUAUACAGUGUA